AGGCUCGCUCUUCCCCAUAAAAGCCCGGCGGACUGUGGGCUCCAGGGGGCAGCAUUUAGGGCAGCUCCGGGGGUGGGCGAACCACGUGCUGCAGCGGCGGCGGCGCUUGCAGUUGCUUUUGCUGCGGGCGCUCUGCAAACUUUGCGGGCUGCAGCCGGGCGCGAGCCGAGGGGCGCCUCCCCACCCCCAGCCCCCCCCCCUUUUGCGGCUCGUCGCUGCCCUUCUGUGGAUGCAGCCGCCAGCCAGCUGAGCCGAGCGCCGUUCCUUGGACCCCCCCGCCCCUCCCCCCGAAGAGUUGGCUCCGGAAAGUUGCCUCCGGGAUGUCGGUGGAGGAAGAAGCGAUGCUGGUGCGGCCGUUCAAGCUGAUCGCGCUGCUGUGCGCCUUCAUCGCGCUGGCCUUGGACGUGGCCGCCCUGCUUAGCCCGGCUUGGGUCACGUCGGAGCGGGACUCGCUGUCCCUCUGGAAGGCCUGUCGCCAACCCCCGGAGGACUCGCAGUGCACCUCGACUCUCCAGACGGACUGGCAAGUAGCUACUUUGGUGUUAAUCCUGACUUCAGCUGCCGUGACUCUGCUGUCAUUUCUUAUGUCCCUGAUUUCCUUCUGCCUGGGGUCCUACAAGAACUACUAUCGAGCUGCUGCCCUCCUCCUCUUUGCAGCAGUGGUCCUGCAGGUCUGCGCCUUAAUCCUUUAUCCCAUCAAAUUCAUCGACAGCAGCCUGUUGAAGAGUUACCACGAGUUCAACUGGGGAUACGGCCUGGGCUGGGGCUCCGCCAUCUUCAUGCUGGGGGCGGCCAUUUUGUACUGCCUGCGCACAGAUGUCUACGAUGACGCCUACUACUGAGUCUGGCAGAGGGAGCUGCAUUUGGACUAUUAGAUGGACAGGCCUGGACGGAUGAAGUGCGAGAGAGGUCGAAGGGACCAUUGGAUUCGCCGGGAGGGGGCAGUUAACAACAUGCUCGAUCCUUUUAUCUGAGUACCUCCCCUUGACAGAAUGCUAGCUAAACUUUUCAAAAAGGAAUUUGUGAAGAUCUCCGGGUCUGGCCACUCUUCAAGUAGUUAAGUGGAAUUAUUAGUGCGUGAGGUCCACUUCUCAUCAGCUCGACAACUUUCUCCUAAUUCUUUCAUUUCCCAUGCAGGAAUAAGUUGUCUUUAUUUUUAAAGAGCUCAACCCUCUUGUUGGUUAAGAGGAUCCCACUUUGCCUUUAUUCUGAGGUCUCCGGCACAAGCAGUCCAGGUUAUUUCUUUUAAAGUGCACAGAGACUGUAACUAUACUGGCGGUUUUAAUCACUGCCUUACGCAGCAUGCGGGUGUGAAUAGAUGCAGAGAUGAAUAAACCAGCCGUUCUAAAUGCA